CAAAUUUUUCAUCAUAAUAAUCACACUCUUCAACACUUUCUCCGCAUAACCAAUAAUGGCACGAGGCUCUUCUUCCCAAUCCACAUCCUCCUCUACAACCCGUCCGGGUACCGCCGCACCCCGUGGCUCCGCCGCCGCUACAGCUGGUAUGCGCCGACGCAGGCUCGGUGCUUCAUCCUCUACCGCUGGCGGUGGUGGUGGUAACCCUGUAGUAGGCUCCGGCAACGCUAGCAACAUGCUCCGUUUCUAUACCGAUGAUUCUCCAGGUCUGAAAAUUAGCCCGACUGUCGUCCUUGUGAUGAGCCUAUGCUUCAUCGGAUUCGUUACUACUCUCCAUGUCCUCGGCAAAUUCUACCGCUACCGAUCUGGCUCUGGCUCUGGCUCUGGAGCCUGAUUAUUCGUGUUUGGAUCUUUGAUUUCGGAACACACGUCGUACAGGAAAAUUUAGUCUGUUUGUUGUUUUCAUUUUCGGUUUUUCAUUUCACCAUCUUUUGCUGGCUCUGUUUCCGUUUUAGAUGGCUAAAUUUGACUUUAGGAAUAUGAUAAAAGAAGCUUCCAAUUAAGGGAAUUUUGAACGUUUACAUGUGAAUUUUGUUUUGUCCAAUCAGUAAUGCAUAGUUUUUGUUCAGAAAAGGAUUAUUAAUUCGGAAUGUCGAUCCAUUUUAGCUAUGUUUAUUAAUUUAGCUUUUAUGUGCUUGUGAAUAUGUUAGCCAUUUUUUUCUCAAAGAAAUGCAGGUCCUGAAUCAUGAAGCUUUGGUUCAUAUGUAAGUGUGAUGAGUUAUGAAUACUGUACUUGAGAACCAGAACAGAGAGGACUUAAAAAGCUGGUCAUAACUAAUUUGGGAUUAAGUCGCAGUUGAUUGAUGUGAUUGUGUACGAAUUGAUUUUGAUUUAGGUGGAUUGAUGAAUUGAAUAAGGCCCAGUACAGCCAUCAUAAUCCGACUUCCCAGAGUAGUCCUCCUACUCCUUCAAAGUUCAUCAUCCUGAUGUGAUUUGAAGAUGGAUCUGCCACAAGAUUGUGAUAGAUAAGUUUGCACCCUUCUCUUGUUUUUUGGGUAGCUUUCUGGUUUCAUGAUAUUGUGUUUUUCUAGUUGGUAUGGUUUUGUUAUUCCUGGAACUUACUUCAAGUAAGUUUUUAGCAGAAGGAUUGUGUAAUCUGGAAAGCUCUAUCCAUAGAAGUAUUCUGUGGGUGUGGGUGCAUUGUUCAGUUUUCUGUGCUAAACUUGCAUGCCUAGUAAAUCACUUUCCUUUUCUUAGUGGAAGGUGAUUGAAUAGCACAUGGUUAGAGUAUAACAUGAUUAUGGUUUCCAUUUGCUUGUUCAAUAAGGCUUUGCAGGGGUUUUCUUGUUUUAGGUAUCACCAAAAUGCAGAGAGCACUAGUAAUUGUUUGUAGUUAUAACAUGGUUCUAAUUGAUCUUGGAUUGGCACAGAUUUCUCUUGGUGCAUUUUAUAACGAUAUCAAUGAGCUGUGGCAAUUUACAACUGUUAAAAUCUUGAAAUUUCUAAUAGCUAUUCUCCAUAUGAUAUCCAUAACUUCUCUUCAAUGAAAUCUCUCUCGCCCCGCCUGUUCGUCUGACUAAUUCAGGUUCACGUAGAAUAGACCUGACCCCUAACUAUUGCACUCUUUCCUGGUCUCCAUUACCCCGAAAAUCCUUUUUCAUUGCUCUCAGCGCAUCAAGUCGAAUAGUGAAGUUUAACAAUCUUAAGCAGCUUUAAGGUAAAGAUGGCCUUCAGGCUCAUAAGCGCUAGUAGUCUGGUCAAUCAAAUCUAUCUCAUUAGGCACCAACUGUGUGCAACCAGCUCUGUUCAAUGAGUAAAACUAGUUGAAAAGGAAUGCAUAGUUUUGUUCAGAAAA